CGGCGAGCAUCUAUAAGUUCCAGAGACUGCGAAGAGACCCAAUGUCCAUGUUGUCUAUUAGACAUACCACAUGAGGAUUUGCCUGCUGCUAGUAAGGUCUGGCGAACAUGUGACCAGUGACCAUCAAUUGUCUCCUGUGAGCGCUUGCUCAACUCGCAUGUUAGCGUACUUCGAUACGCAUUCAGAACAGCUGGUUUUGUCAGUUGGCUGGUGUCAAUACGCUCACAGCGUCGUCGUGGGCGUCCGCCAAAACGCAUCCGCAUGUCAGCACAUACAAGUGCAUGAUCGGUGUCCACACAUGUGCUCCAAAUCGAGCGACAAUUCUGGAUGCAGCCUCUCCAGCGGUAACUUAUCGCAAUGUGAUCGAUCUGCGUGCAAGGCUGGUUCGAGGUUGGUGGGCGCCAAGUCACCCUUCGGCGGGUGCUGUGUCGGAAAUUAGUGCUCGCAAGAAAUAAGCGAGCAUCUUCACACAAAUGAAGUAACCGCUCACCGUUAUCAUUACGGGAGCCUACACCGUGUUGACCGCCCAGAUGCAGUUCAUCAGUGGACAACUUUCCAACUUGUGCGUUCAUAUCCCCCGCCAGCACAACAGUGUCCGUGCUUCUUCUGUGGCGAAGGAGCUGGGUCAGUUGGCGGUAGAAGUCGUUCUUUACCGAAUCAUCGCUACAGUUUGUGGGCGCAUAGGCAGCGAUGAUGAAUAGACAUCUAUUAGUCCCGCGCGACUUCGAAGCUUUAAACGAGCCAGCCAAUCGGACCGCACACAUCCGGCUACUGAUUGGAAUCCAAUCAACCAGAGCAGCUUCAGCCCGGGGACUCAGGGCAAUACCAACACCGGCUUGGCCGGUGCUCGAAGCUG